GGAAUACAUCAUACAUACUAAUAUAAUACUAAUAUAUAUACAAUAUACAAGAAAAUAGGGGUUGGUGGUAGAAGGGUUGAAAAUUCAGGGUUAUAUGUAUUUACUAAUGCUGUAUCAUAAAAAAAUAUAAAAAAAAAUAUCUAAAAUUGAAAAAAAAAAUUAGGGUUAGAUUACCCUUAACAUCGUGUGGGUAGUUUGACAUCGCAUAGUGAACUUGAGCUCUCAAAUAAUCACAGAUUUUAAAUACAAAAAAGUAGUUUUUUCAAUACUUAUUCAUUCAAAGUGUAAAGUUCGUGUAUGAAUAUAAGUUAUAUUUUGUUGUCAUCAAAAAACAACUACUGUUAAGUGCUUAAAUAAGAAGAUUAAAUUGUAACCCAGUGACCGUUACUUAUUGGGUUGAUAUGGCGAAUAAACAAUGUGUUGUUUGUAAUGCAAAAUCAGUAACGAAGUCUUCCGGCCGAUCUUGUGAUGCCCAAAAUUGCAAGAAGAGUUACCAUUUCAAAUACAAAAUUUGAAGAAAUGAUCCUUCGCCUGGUCUUGCCCUAGUUGUGUAGUAAAUUAAUCCAUUUUAAAUGCAAGCACUAGUUCUUCGUGAUCUCUGUCGAUGGAACCAGCCUCCACGCCCAUCAAAUCACUUGAUGAAAAUAAUAUAACAUCCCUACAUGCAGUUGUACAGAGCCUAGUGAAAAGUAACGCAGAGGUAUUACGACGGCUAACAGAAAUAGAAAAGCACACAUUUGAGGUAAGCCAACUACACAAGCGCAUCGAAGACCUGAAACGGGAUUGCGAGCAUGAUAGGCGCCGUAUUGUAGAACUGGAAGAUCGUAUCGAUUUGUAUGAGGGGCAUAGCCGUGACAGUUCUAUAGAAAUACAAGGAGCGCCUAUCACUGAAAAUGAAGACUUGUACGAACAUGUGCAAAAACUGGGUCAGAAAGUUGACGUUACCAUAAAUCGUAAUGAUAUAUCCCAUUGUUACCGUAUAAAGACUAUAAAUACUACUAACGCUUACGCAAAAACUCAAAACCGCAUUAUCGUUCGUUUUGUGCAUAAGUACAAGCGACACCUUUUUCUAAAGCAAUCAAGAAAAAAGAUGAUAAGAAGUCGUUGCUGUCUACGGCCGUCCUCAACCUACCAGGUACAUCUAUGCCUGUCUACAUUAAUGAACAUUUAUCAGAAGCUAAAGAAUAUUUCAAAAAUAAACUUAAGUUUUUGUUUGUUUGGGUGCAAGAUGGGAAAAUACUUAUAAAGAAAAAUGAAAAGUCGUCAACCCUUACUGUAAGAAAUAAAAAUGAUUUUUUAAAACUUGUUGCAAAAUACGACCUUGUCAAUUAGUUAAUAACGCAAUUGCUUCUUAUAUUAAUAAAUUAUUGGAUUGUUACAUAUUACUUAAUAUUACAAAUGUCAUUUUAAUGCAUCACAAACUUGUAGCCUAUUGUAAACAAUUGAUGACUCACAUUAUUAUUACCAAAGUUGAUAACAACUUGCAAUGUGCAAGUUAUAUAGCAGUUAUAUUGCCUUGUUCUUAUGGGUAGGAAGUCUAAACUAAAGCUUGGACUAUAUAAUGUACGUAGCUUAGGGACAGAAUUUGAUAAUCUUUGUAAUACAAUACUGAGUGAAAGUUUUGA